AUGCCGCAACCGUCGCAACCUGCCUCCUCCUGCUCGAACAAUCACCCCCCUGACCGCACGUCGACGAAAAAUCAAACCCUGCGCCCCCCACCACGGCAACCCAAAACCACGCCCUACCGCCUAAAAGCCUCGAAUUUCCACUCUGAAGUCUCUACAACCGCCAAACCCAUUGUCAGACUAACCCUCCCGGCAAUCGACCUGUCGACCCGUCCUGCACCAAACCCUGAACUUCGUUUCAUCCAGUCCUACCCUACUGCCACCAACGACCCGCCUAGCCCAGCCAAUUCAAACCCUUCCUCCACUUUCACAAAUGAGACAUUUCAAUUGAAGCAGCCACAACCAUCCCAGGCCAUCAUGCCAUCCAACACAAUUCAAGUGCCAGACCACCCCUUUUCCAAUUUCUUCACCUUCACCGUCAAGCCUAAGCCCAACACCACCAAAUCAUCUGAGCCCCUGAUCAUCCCGUCCAACCCAACUCAGCCCGACCACCCAACGAAGUUCAGCCCCAAGAAAUUGACCGCCUCACCAUCGGCGUCAACCUCCAAACCUAUCAAACCACCAACAGAGUUACCGAACACUAAGGUGACGCCCCGCACCGCAAGAAACACGGCGCCCAUCCCUGUCACCCCAUUAUCAGGCAAGGGCAAAGAGAAAGCAGAUGAGUAUUCCGACCUUGACGAGGAAGACGAGGCUGAAGACGAUUCGACCGGCCUACCAUGGCAUUGGCAUGAAUCGCCGAGCUAUCUAACUAUCAAUGCCGGCAAGAUUUGA